AUGAAUCUGACCGAGUUGAAUCAGUCCAGUCAUUGUGUGAAUUUUUCCUGUCCAGAGAGAUCUGUAUUUCCUGCAGUUUAUAUUUUACUGUACGUGUGUUCAGCUGCUGUGGUUCUUCUAACAGUGUGUGGAAAUCUGCUCGUCAUCAUCGCUGUGUGUUACUUCAGGAAGCUUCACACACCGACCAACAUGCUCGUGCUCUCUCUGGCUGUAUCAGAUUUCUUGGUCGGCCUCUUUGUGAUGCCGUUCCACUUCACGUGGCUGAUCGAGUCAUGUUGGAUGUUUGGACAAAUUUUUUGCCUCCUGUUUAAUUUUAUGACUUUCCAGCUCACGAGUGUGUCUGUAGGAAACAUAGUUCUGAUCGCUCUGGAUCGUUACGUGGCUUUAAGCAAUCCAUUUCUGUACCUGACAGAUGUCACAUCUACAGUUGUUCACACACUGAUAUGGUUGUUAUGGGUGUCUUCAUUUUUGUACAACUUUGUGUUUUUUUACAUGAACGGAAACUUCACUGAUUUACUACUAUGUCCCGGUGAAUGUCUGGUCAAUGCUUUGAGUGAAGUCGGCUCGUUAAUCGACCUUGUUUUCAUCCUUAUCGUUCCUUGUGGUUUGAUGCUUAUUUUAUACCUCCAGAUCUUUGUUAUUGCGAGGAGGCAUGCAAACGCUAUACGAGAACUUAAUCACAACCUCACUGUCUCCAAAAAUGUAACGGAUGCAAUGAAAUCUGAAAGAAAGGCUGCUAAAGUGCUGGGUAUUCUGGUUUCUGUGUUUCUGGCAUGUUUGGUGCCAUAUUACAUCUGCACUUUAAUGAGCACUACAGCAUCGUCUUCCGUCAUUGUAAAUAAUAUUUUAAUUCUGUUUUAUCUGAAUUCAUCCAUUAAUCCUGUAAUCUAUGCUCUGUUUUACUCUUGGUUCCAGAAGUGCACAAAAAUGAUUUUAACUUGCAAAAUACUGCACACGGAUUGUUCUUUUGUGAAUGUGCUAUGA